AUGGAGUUGCAGAGCGGCAAAGACAAAGCACUCGUCACCCAUCUGAGGUCUGUAUGUGUCCAUCUGGAAAAGACAUUGGGACAGCAGAUUGUAGGGGCAACUGGAGGCUCUAUCGCCCUCUCGAAAUGCCUCACAGACUUGGUGGUGUCUGUGACAGGCCCUCUCCUGAGCUUAAACAGAACCACUAAGCCUACUGGGACUAUCCUUGAACUGGAGUACACUCAUUUCAGCACAGACACUGAACAUUUAAACAGCAUGAUGAUAAUACCACUACAAACAAAAUUGACAGAUUUGCCAGUGUCAGCCCCCACCUCAUCAAUGUCACAGCCUGAUGGGGAUAUUACUCAGUAUUCCAUAUGAAUAGACAGAGAUAAACACGAUGGUGCAUCCAGCUGUGAUGGCUGCAAGGUUUUUUUCAGAAGGAGCAUUUGCAUCAGCUACACUUAGAACUUUCCGGCUUUGUUCUCACCUGGGAGUCAUGACAUCAACACCAAAAGAUGUGUGGAAGAUGUGUUCCAGUCCAUGAAGCAGCAACUCCUCCUGCUGGUAGAAUGGGCAAAACACAUCCCAAAGUUGUGUAGGAUCUCGGUAGAUUACAGGUUAGAUGUGACGUGUUUGAGAGAUACAGUAGAGGUGUCAAGAGUGGCAUUCAGAAUUCAAAAGGAGCUGGUCAAACCUUUCAGAAAGCUGGACAUCACAGACAACUGUCCGAGUUUGGAGAGCCCUCAGAUGGUUCGACAUCUGUGUUUUCAGGCCCAUCUGCUGCUACAACAAGCAACCUGGCAGCGGAGGUUUGGGGAGCUCCUGAUGAUCCUUUCACCCCUGCAGAGUGUGGCCUGGCAAAUGGGUCUCCAUGUAGCACAGCUGCUGGGCAAAAGAAGAAUGGACAAUAUGCUGCAGGGGAUACCGCUGGGGGAGGGAGCCAAAACAGGACAGGGAUUGUGCACAGGUAGGGGACACUGCUGCAGUAUUAACUCACAAGACAUAAACGUUACCUCCUUCAUCUCUCAUGUUUUAACAUCUCUUUCAAGUGGCUUCCCUGCUGCCCCCACAGACUGGCACUAA